AAUCAACAUUUUUUUUUCUCCAAAAAUUCCUACAUAUUGCGAAAUUCAUGAUUUCAUCAAGCGACAGAUGUUUUUGCUAUCCUGAAGCUUGUAAGACGUGCUGAUUGUGCAACGGUUGCUAGUGAAGAUUCAACCCUUAAAAUUCUUCUCGGCUUAGAAGUGGGAGCGUUUACACUUAUCUAUACUGUGGUUUGUUUUUUUAUCAAGACAAAGAAGAAGUAAAAUUGUGGAUUUUCUUUUCUUUUGGUCUACCGCUGUUUUUCUAUCAUCUGUGUCCGGUUCAAGCUGACUCCUCGAUAUUAUCUACUUAUCUAAUGUUUUUGUUUGUAGAAAUCUUAUGUUUGGAAUUAACUGAGAAAGAAAACUUAUUAUAAAAACUCAAAUGCUGAUUCGACAGAGUCCCAGUUACUGAAAGUCGUGACGAGAUUUUUUUAAAAACCUAGCUCGUCUCGUUGUCUCCGAUUCUGUGAGCACUUACACCUGCCGAUGACGUGGAGGUCCCUCUCCCCCGGUGCUGUUGCAGUGGGGUAUAAAAACAGCUGCAAUGCUUCACCUCCAGCAUUUCCAAAAGCCUCAUUCUCACGUUAUCUUCUCAAGCCUACAGUUCUGCAUUAGGAUCGGAGGAAAGCAUAAGUUAGAAGACAUGUCGGGGACUUCACAAGAGAGAUGGUCUUUGGUGGCGUGGAUCCUGAUCUUUGCAUGGGCGCCCUCGCUGUUGGCGGAAGUUUUGUGUCCGUAUGAGCUGUGUGACUGUACCGACUAUUAUGUUGACUGCAACUAUAAAGGAUUUGACAAGAUGCCGCCCCUAAAACCAGGAACAGACUACCCUCAACGGACUCUUUAUGUUGAGGUGUGUAGAUCUAAGUAGACGACAAUGACGUCAGUGUCACAAGACAAUCCACUUAAGUCUGUUUACGAACUUUUUACAUGAGAGACAGAAAAAUAGUUGUUGUUGUGUUGUUCCUAUC